UUUUGGGUUGUUGUGAAAAAUGAGCGUCUUUAAAGAUGCGAGUUAACCUUUUAUAACCGGCUUUGUGUUGCCGAAUCACCAAAUUGCGUUUCCCAAUAAAAUUUCUCGAUGUUUGGAUAUUAAUCAGAUAUGAAGUUGCCCUUUGGCUUUGUAGUUAGAUUCAUGGAAAGGAAAAGAGCUGUUGACAUCUAAAUUCCUAGAAGCAUUAAAUAAACUUUGUCGGCGUUGCUUGUUAUUGCAUGUUUAGUUCCCGUUUGUAUAAUAUCGCGAAAUCCAUUCGUUGCCAAUAAUUUCUACCGCAUUUCUGUUUCACUACAUCAACUGAAGGUUUUUCUAAGCCGAUAUGAAUUGUUUUUUGUUUUGUUUUUUUGGUAUGGAAAGUUGAUUAAACACUAAACAUUUGUCAAAACUCGAAAAACAUGAAAGAUGUGUAAUUGGCGUAGUGUAACUCGUUUCAGUCAAUGUAGGUUAAUGAACAUUCAUGCAGUUCUGAAAGUAAACAAUUUGCAUCUUCAAAGCCGAUAUGGCCCAAUGCCUAUGUCAAGAGCUUUUUUAUCCGGGUGUUUAUUGCAUAAGAACCACAUGCGUCAUCGUCAUAUCGACUUCCGCUUUUUCCGCGAAAAGUUGAAAUCAUUAUCCAUGUGGAGAUCGUGAUACGACACACGGAGUGAAUAAUUUAUUUCCUGCAGGACUAAUGCGAUAAAUCAAGUUCCGCAAUGUUCAGUACCGAGUUGAUCAUUUAGCUUGAUCACUGUAUCGCAUGAAAAAUGAAACUUUCCCUGGUGCAGCUGAAAGUUUUCCGUCAUGAGAAGCUAGGGUAUAACGGGAGAAGAAAGAGUGUUAAAAAAAAAGAAGUUCACCCGAAAUCCAGGCUUCAGCCGUGUGGUCCCAUGGAAAGCGUUUCUGGAACAGAUGCAGAAGUCAACGAGUCUACGAGCUCGAUGAGUUGCUUCAAUGAAUUUGAAACGUUUGCAGAUGAAGUAAAUGGCGAAAUUCCCGAGGUAGAUUACAGAGGGAGAAUUCAAAGUGAAAAAUCGCAGUCGGACUUGGAUGACACCGCUUCACUCUCACAGGCAAGUGGAAUCGAGUGUUUUAGAGUUUUUAUCUGUUCUGCAGCGAAUUUAAUGAAGUACACGAAAACCGGAAGUAAAUUCAGCUGUGACAGCCAAUUGUCUGCAGGUGGCGUGAUCACCCGCUUGUCAGCUGAGGUGAUGUCGCGUCAAAUCGUUCGAUCGUGGCAAGCAAAUACUAUCUCGGGACACUGCUUUGUUGAUAUUGCUUAAUCCUCUUAGAAAAACUAGCCACAGAAUGCAGAUAUAAAAGUUUCCGUACAUCCUUAAUAGCUUUCUUUACGUUUGGCGUUUGCUGGUAAUUUUGAACGGAUUUAGACGCGUACAACUCUGUCGUUUAAUUAUACAUUCAGUGUUUGCGUGGUUGCCACACACUGGUGCGCUUGAUAAAUUAAAUGGAGCGAGGCAGCAAAAGUCACGUGAAUACAAGAAAAAUAGGGUUCUCCGGCAAACCAAAGAACUACAAACAGCUGGCAAAAAAAAUCAAAUAUGUUCCAUGGAUUUUACAAGACAUGCUCAAGUUAAAUGCGCGUACGCGUUCUUCUUCUAAUAAGGUAUGAAAACUUGCACACGAUUGCAUUCAUCGAUCAGUCAUUUAUUUCGCCGUUUACAAUACUGCCCGUUACUUGGUUACUUGUAACACGUUAAUGCAAUUUGCUUUGUCAUUGUGGAAUGAGAGCUAACAAGGACAAUAUCAAAUGCAACCACGUUGUUUUGAAAACUUGUUAGAAAAUUAGUUUUGACGAAGUAGAUCUUAAGAUGUAGGCAACUAAAUCUGUUGUAAAAUUGCAUGGGUUUGUUGUAAACAUUUAAGAGUUUGAGAUGCGACGCCUUGCAAUCUUCCUGAAGCCCCUUAAUUUUCCCCUAAGGAGGCAAAUUAAUUGCCAAGUUUGGCAAACAAAUUAAAAGUGUUUACUUACACGUAGUUUGGUUAAGCCAAUGAAACAAUUACGUAACUAAAUUUGCAUGUGUUUUGCUCUUGGACAGUUGCUCUGAGAACUUUGACUGGCGUUCUGAAUUGUUUACAUCCUUUCAUAGUCAUAAGAUUAUUGAAAACUAACUUUGCAGCAAUAUUGUAGAAAUAAUGUGAUGGGAUCUGUGCAGUUUUACUGAUUAAUGAAUUACUUUUAGGUAAGGUAAGGUAAAGUCUGCAUACGAGCUAAGUGACUUAUCAGGCUGGAGC